AUGCCUAGUGAAGACAACAUUCCUAGUGCACCGCCGGCAUAUUCUGGAAGUGUUAGUGGUGUCCCGGCGUCUGACGUCGCCAUUGAUCCAAAUAAUGCAGGUCGCAUAAAUGCCGAAGGUCCUGGUUCAUCGGCUGCACCAAUGGUUAAUUCCCCAUAUAGUCAGCCUCCACCUUCUUAUCAAGAUGCUCUGUCAUAUCCGACUUCGUCAUACCAGACAAACAGAGCAGAAAUUUUUGUGCCAAAAGCAAAUGUUAUCCAGACUCUUCCUUCCAAUACGUUACCGACGUUUCCUCAGCAGAACACUUCUACUCCUUUAUCACUCCAGUCGUCGUGGCAGUUUCUGGAGUACCAGUUGGGGAUUGUCCAUUUUGUAAUGUGA